AUGUCCGUUCCUCGGACUUUUGACCAGGCGUCUUACCAACCAACCCCCUUGGCCAUGGAUGCAACCAUCAACGGCGCCUUUGAGGCAUUAGACGGCAUCAAUUUCGACUUUCAGCCAUUCACUGUGCAGGAAAGUCUCCGGGAGGAUUCGGCAACCCUCGAGAGGAGGAGAUUCUCCUGGGAAACGCCGUCAACAUCUUCAUAUCACGCCAUCUCCGAUGAUACACUAGCCAACGAUCAAAAUUUACAGCUCUAUAUAUGUUCUCCAUCAUCUGUCCUUUCGAAGGCCUGCGGGCAGCUUCGUCCCAUGUUACCAGAUGACAUCACUGGAACCUUUGUAAACAAUCAUAAGAGCCUUGAUCAACGGGUACAUCAGUGGCUCUCAGAGCUCCCGGAUAUUCCAUGGCUGGAUGUGAGUUAUGUCGAUGCCCUAGAUGAAAGCACCGGGGACGAAUCUUCUUCAACGACUGAUACUGAACGAACAAGAGAGUCGAUUCCUGGAACCGAAGGUCUCUUAAAUUACCUGGACUUUCUAGACACCUGCUACGAAAGCAUCCAACCUACAAGUCCAACGCGCGGAUAUGUAGACUACGGAAGGCCUGAGCUAUAUGGCACGACGACGGAUGCGACAGCUACCCUCGACGCAUACCAUUUGAGCCUGCUGCAAAUGGACUCAUCUUCCGCUUCCGCUACAAAAGUUGACCGGAAGUUUCGACCAUCGAUGCGACGACAGUACCCUCGGGGCUUGGAAAAGGAAGCCCGUAGAAGUAUUAGUCUCGUAGCAUCUUCAAGAUCUCACGAAUGA